CAUUACCUUUGACAACAAGUUUAGGUUAUGAAUCGUCGACUAACGUAUUAUGUAUAUACCUUUUUCCAAAUGUGUCGUUGCGGAUCAAAACCCGUCCAUGUUUGUAUUUCAUUAUAGUGAGAAAAAAUCUAACAAAUGUCAAAGGAGUGUCGGUUUAUUUACUGCUGUUUUCUACUUGCAUUUUACGCGAAAACCUUAUGGACGGACAAACUGGACCAGCAUUGUUCCUAUUGUGUUGAAUCCUGCUCUGUGUGCUUACCAGGAUACUAUGGGCAGCAUUGCAAUAAAAGAUGCACAGUCUGUGGUAGAGACGAGACAUGCGACCGUCAGAAUGGAAAUUGCGUCAAAAUAGAUUUUUUUGCGAAUAUUGGAAGCGACUGGGCAUACUACUGUAUGCUGUGUCGUGGUGAAUGCAAAUUAUGCUUUUCGGGAUGGUACGGAAUUAACUGUACGCGAGAAUGUAAAAACUGUAGUAUAGAUGGCUGUAACAAAACAACAGGCAAAUGCCAUAAAUGCGCAGAAGGUUAUUAUGGGACGCAAUGCACAGACAAGUGUCCGGAAAACUGUGGCAAUAAUGCGAUUUGUGACCGAUACACAAGUGUAUGUCUUGAUGGUUGUAAGAUAGGCUGGUGGGGAGAUCAGUGUCGUAUUCCAUGUGGCGAGGGAUGUCUAAACGCCGAGUGCACGUUCGAUGGAGAAAGAUGUAUACACGGCUGUAAGGAAGGAUAUCAUGGGGCACUUUGUAACAUUAGGAGCUGUAGUAAAGGAUGCCAACGAUGUGAUGACAAUUACAACUGCUUAGAGUGUGUGAACACGUUUUAUGGAGAGAAGUGUUCAAAGCGAUGUAAUGAUGGGUGCAGCAGAGGCAUUUGUUCUAGGGAUGGUUCGUGUGUUUGCCGUGACGGAUAUGCUGGUAACAACUGUUCCUUGAAGGUUCAGACAACAAAUUAUUAUCUGACAACUGUUGAGGUUUCAGAGUCUUGCAAUUGUGUGCCAUGCAACGGUCAAUGUACUUUAUGUCGUCCAGGGUGGUAUGGUAACGAAUGA